AUGACAUUGCAAGGAGAGGAGGAAGGCCUCGACUUGAACGUUGUCAUCAUGGAGGCCAGGAGACCGAGCAGUGGUACUGAAGGUAUCCCGCAGGCGCUGGCAUACAUGGAUGCCACUGUCUACGGCAUCUCUACCGAUGACAUGAACUUUACGUUCAUGAAGCUAGAUAAUGAGUCUCAAUGGUCGUUCAAGCCAGUCGGCGUUGUUGGAAACGGCUUCGAACAAGUCCUUGGUUUGCUAGUCUACCUAAUAACGAAAGCGGCCUCAAUGUCACCAGCCUCCUCCAAACGUACAUCUCGACGGACACAACAAGGAUCAGGGGAGUCUGACCUAACCUUCAACCAUGACCCUGAGAUGUAUGAUGAGAUGGAUACUGAAUGA